AAAAUGUCGCAAAGUGCCAUUAAAUCAGUAGCCCUUUUGGGGGCAAUAUUUCUGUUCGCCUUCUCGUUAAGACAAGUGCUGUGCGAUGACAACGGCUUAAGGAAUUCGCGAUUAAUGCAAUUCUUCAGUGAACCCCAGCCGCAUUUCUACCACAACCGACCAAGUCCCGGACUAUUGCCCAGAAUAAGGUCACGUUCUGAUAACUUACCCCUACUCUCGGUAAACCCAAACAAGUUCCCGAAGGAUUUCUCACUAAAAUCUCCCCUACCUGCAACGGUUCAGCAUAUAAUGCGCCGUGAACAUUCCGGAAGUGUUCCUUCCAAUGAACCCAUCAGGCGGUAUCACUACGAUCAGAACCAGCCCGGGCGAUUUGCCCAUGUUAAAGAUGCUCCGGUUUUGGAUGUUGGGAAAAAUCAAUUUCCUCCUCAAUAUUUUUCCGAGCAAUACAUUCAAAAUUUCAAAGCCUCACCGCGAUUUAAUGGGAAUAUCAUUCUGAAGGAUCAAAAACCAGUGUACGCCCCUAUUCAACAGCAUGCAAUCCCCGUACAGGCUUCUCAAUAUUUGCAUUAUCCCAAACUUCUUGGUCAACAGGGAGGCAGUUUCAGCCUUGUUCCCUCUCAACAGACCGCCCUCCAAAACAAUCAAUUUCCGCAGGAGCAGAAAAUGUAUUCGGUUCACGAAGAGUCGGAUAAUCUGUCGAAGCCAGGCUAUAAUCAGGGAGUAAACUAUCAACCGGCCACGCCUCAUCUAAAAGAGGCCAAGGAGGCGCAGGAUUAUUUGCAGUUUAUGAGCACCAACGAAUACUUUUUGCCCAAACGAGAUCCUGAUUAUAAAAAGUUGGACGCCGAGCACGAUCAGCAGAAGCAGAUUCACCCAUAUUCACACCAACACCAUUUGCAGCACCAACAGCAACAGCAGCCUCACCAGCAGCAGCAACAUCUGCAUGUGCAGCACCAACAGCAACACCCACAAAAGCAACAUCAGCAACCACAGCAGCUUCAGCCACAUCUUCCCUAUAAAUCUGGUGGUCUAGACAACUCAGUCUCCUCCAGUUACAAUGAACCCAUACAAGUUUCUGAUUUGUUCUACCAGCAAGACCCAGCUCCUGCGAAUUCCGCAGUGGUUCGGGGAAGUUAUCAGGCUGGUCAGGAUGUGUUCGUGGUGAAAUCCGACGGCAACAAAGCUGUCAAGCAUGUAGUCUCAACUCCCAUGUCGGUACAAACGUCGACCCAAACGCCACCGAAGGGUCAACAUCUUGGAAAGAGUCAUAAGAGCUAUACGCCAGAGCCAGUGAGAUUUGAAUUCACCGAACAGGAUGCGAUUAGGGGAUCUAUGAAAUACACUCAAUCCCCACAGGCAAAUCAAUUUUACUACGAAACGGUCGCUCAAGCAGUCCGGGAUCCGGUUAAAACUCCUGCCUCUGUCAAGGAUCUCGCUAAGCCCAUCAAAGAAUACAGCGACGAUCCAGAAGACAGUUCUGAUACAGAAAAUGGAAAACAGCAGGAGGAUCAGCAGGUACACACUGUGUCAAGUGCUGCUACUGAAGAGAAUCAAAAAGAUACGGAAAAUUACUGCGAGAAAAUCUGUGCCAACGUGUAUGAUGAGAACGAUGAAAUAAUUUGUGGAUCUGAUGGUUACAUGUACACGGGAGAAACACAACUUCAGUGCUAUUCAUCUUGUCUAAAUAUAAGCGUGACUAUUAAAAGCAAAGGAUCAUGCACAUGA